AUGAUUAUCAAAGAGAACACGAUUGUAGAACACAAUGAAUCACAUCGAACAGUAACUUUAAUUUAAUAUCAAAAUAAAGAAUUUUCUUGACAUAAAACAAUGUUUUCAACUACUUGAUAAUUAUUUCUACUACUAGGACAAGAAUGAAUUUGAAACACUUUAAAAUAUUCUCAGAGAAAAUGAUAUGCACACUCUGUGAUGUGUUUUAAUUAUUUCUACCAAUCUCUGAUCUUUUCACUGAUUAACUAUUUUUAUUAUUACUGCGGGCAAAACAUUUUAAAUUGUUUUGCCUUUUCCAAUUGUAUUUCUUCUUAGUCUACACUAUGAAAAGAUCAAUGCGCCAUGAGGUGCUCAGUUUAACUCAAUUGUUAGUUACUACUGAUUCGUAUAUACAAUGAAUGGCCAAGUGGAAACAUAAGAUUAUUUAUGAUAAAAUAAAUACCAUCUUUCUACUUCUCUUUUUAGUUAAUAAAAUCGAGCUGUUUGUUUUAUGAAAUUCUAUAUGUUUUGGUCGAAGUUUAUGUUCUAUUGAUGCAAAAAGAUUGAAAAGAAUAUUAAGAAAAAGCAGAAGUCAUGUUACUAGUUGAAUUUAAAGUGUUGUUCAAUUAUGUUUGAUUUUGACGCAAGAAACAGAAAAUCUAUCAAUGGAUCAUAUGUUUGUCGACUAUGCAAUCUUAUUUUACGACAACUUUGUUAAUUUUCAUGUGAACAUCGUUAAUGUAAUAUUUAUUUUUCAUCAAGGAAUAUAAUCGAAUUUACAGAAUGUCUUGAACAAAACCAGUGGAAUCAAAUUAUUUUAUACUCAAAAACUAGUUUGUUUUCUUUUUAAAGAUAACGCCUGAUCGUACUUCCGAAGUAAAACGAAAAAAGACAUGCUUAAUAAUAUCUAAUUUAAUUACAAUGUGAAUAGAUCUGAUGAAUUAUUAUUGUAGAAGCAACUUAAAGUUUCACAUUAUCAUCCAAUCGGUAAAAUUUGUGGAGAAAAAUUCAAUUCAAUUCAGUGAUAGGACAUGACCAGCACAGACAAAAAUACCUUUACUUAUAAAAAUAUUUAUUAGUGAAAUGAAACAAAAUUUGUGUUAUUUUUACAAAUUUGUAUUAUUUCAAUCAAAAUAAAAAUUUGUAUUAUUUAAAUGAAAAUAAAAAUUUGUAUUAUUUAAAUGAAAAUAAAUUUUGUGUUAUUCAAAUGUAAAAUAAAAUUUGAGUUAUUUUGAAAUUAUUUAUUGUUAACAUAAAAAUAUUUAUUGAUAAAAUAAAAUAAUUUAUAAGUAAAGUGAAAAGAAAAAAUUUGAGUUAUUUAGAUAAUAUUUAUUUUAAAAAUCAAAAAAAAAUACAAGUUACAAAAAAAUAAAACAUGUUCCAGACUUAUUAGAUAAAGUACAGAAGAUAAUCAAUAAACUUCCUUAUCGUCAACAUGAACUUGAAAAAGAAUUUAUUCGAAUACAUGAUCAAAUAAAAAAUGAUUUAUUUGAAGUAAUAAAUAAGGCUGGUGAAGUAUUAGAUGCUGAUUUAGCAUUACCAUAUGAUGAUAUAGAAGAUGUUGAUGAAUCGGACAACGAAAAAGAGAAUUAUGAAUUAGAAUUAUAUUCAAUCAAUGAUCAACGUUCAUCAAAAUUUGAUUAUUUAAAACAAAAUACAACUUCUAAUAAUUCUUAUGAGUUUCAUACUUUGAAAAAACGUGUUGUAACUUGCUGGAAUACAAUUUUGAUCAUGCUUCGUUCAUAUGAAUUCAAUAUACCUGGUAUUGAAAUUAUAUUACGUUGUUUAAAAUUAUUUGAUUUGAUUUUAACUCCCACUGAAAAUGAAAUUGUUCGUGAUUUAGUUGAUUUUCUUGGUUCAUUUGAAACAACCACAACUAUUCUUUCAGCAUCCAAAUCUUAUUCAACAAUGAGCUUAUGUUUAUUACUACGUAUUGUAGGUAACAAAUAUUUGGAUUGGAAUAGUGCUGAACGAGAAUUAGCUGAGAAUUUUUGA